CUUGCGGCAACAUUCACACAGUGGAUUCAGCAGCAGUGAGGGGCAGAGCAGAACAAACCUCCUGUCAUGCUUCAGGAGGAACACACACACACUCGCUAGCCGGACUGAACUGAUCCCAGCCCCACCUCAGGAGGAGGCAGUGCUCGCUCUCUAGGUGUCUGGAUUGAGACCAGAACGCAUUCGAUUCAUCUGAUCAUCAUCAAAGCGCCUUUAAUUCUCAGUCUCAGCGACAGACAGGCAGCAACACGAGUCAUGGAGACCAGACUGCCCUCCAGCUAGCUAACCGCUAUCUAAUCGGAGUCCGAAAACAUGCGCUAGACAGGGUUGUAUAAGAAGACUGUUUCCUGUUUUCACUGGAGUGACACUGCUGUCACAUCUGGCCAUCAGCCGCUGAAAUGCAGACUUUCCUGAGAGGCAGACGAGUGGGCUAUUGGCUCAGCGAGAAGAAGAUGAAGAAACUCAAUUUCUUGGCCUUUGCAGAGAUGUGCAGGAAAAGAGGGAUAGAUGUUGUGCAGCUUGACCUGAGUCAGCCAUUAGAGGAGCAGGGUCCCCUGGAUGUCAUCAUUCACAAGCUAACAGACCUGAUCCUGGAGGCGGACCAGAAUGACACCCAGUCCCUGCUGCUGGUCCAGCGUGUGCAGGAUUAUAUUGACGCUCACCCAGAGACCAUUAUUCUUGACCCACUUCCAGCCAUCCGAACUCUGCUAGAUCGCUGCAGGUCCUACCAGCUGGUGCACAGGAUAGAGGCCUGUAUGAGAGAUGUAAGGAUCUGUUCUCCUCCAUUUAUGGUGCUGAACAGUGAGUGUGGCCCAGACACGCUGGAGCAGAUUGAGCAGCAUGGUCUUACAUUCCCUUUCAUUUGCAAAACACGGGUUGCUCACGGAACUAACUCUCAUGAGAUGGCUAUAAUAUUCAAUGCCGAGGACCUAAAGGACGUGAAGCCACCGUGUGUCAUUCAGAGUUUUAUAAACCACAAUGCCGUGCUCUAUAAGGUGUUUGUGGUGGGCGAGUCAUACACUGUGGUGGAGAGACCAUCACUCAAGAACUUCCCCUCUGGACCAUCUGACAGAAAAGCGAUUUUCUUCAAUAGCCACAAUGUGUCCAAGCCAGAGUCGUCCUCUGACCUCACAUCUAGAGAUAAUGUAGAAGGUGUUUCUCAGCCCCCGAAUGAUGAUGUCAUCAGGGAACUGUGUAAAUCUCUACGGGAAGCUCUCGGGGUUUCACUCUUCGGCAUCGACGUCAUCAUUAACAACCAGACAGGCCAACACGCUAUCAUUGACAUCAAUGCAUUCCCUGGAUAUGAGGGCGUUCCUGAGUUCUUCAAUGACCUCCUCAACCACAUCAUCAGUGUCCUCCAAGACCACUCCUCCAACGACCCCUCGGCCCCACCCCCUCCCAGCCAGCUGCCCGCUUUAGGCGCUGGAGAGCGCAACUGCGCCCCCUCCCAGGAGUGCUGUGGCAUGCUGGGCAAGGAGUCGGACAGCAGCCCCUGGAUCGUGGAGGGUGACAGUGGUCUGAAAGGCCCAUGUCAGAGACUGGGCUGCAACUCGGCCAUGUCCCCCAACUUCCAACAGCACUGCGUGUCCACGAUAGCCACAAAAGCCUCGUCACAAUGACUGCCGUCACCCUACUGUCCCACCCCUCCGCCAUCCUUCCCUGAACAAAUUGUGAAAACAGAGUGAAUAAUAUACAAUAACAAUAAUAACUAUUAUACUGAUAAAAUAUAUCUGUAAUCAAAAAUAAACUAUAUUGGGAAUCAUAAUGAUGUUGAUAAUGGGCAUUGAAUUCUAUCUUCUAUGCCUUUGCAUACAGUUUUUUUUUUUAUAGUCUAACAACUCAGUACUGUAAUGUGAACUUUUGGGAAAUCAACAUCUAAAUCAGUUUAAAUUCGAGUCACGGUGGAUGUUAGUUAAGUGAACAUACUAGGCAUGUUAGAUAUUUAAGCUGGAAGACUGUUCUGAAGGUUUUCUUUUCUUGAUGAUGGAAAAGACUAACUGAUAUCAGUGUCUUUAAUGACACUGAACAUAAAAACACCCAAUAAUCUAACAACCGGGACACCUAAAAUGUCUUUGUGCUCCGUAUUUAGUGGCAAUCCUAUAUUGUGAUGAUCCACAGUGUAUAUCUUUGUGCAACGUCUGCAAAUCUGCUCUGUAAGCCGAAUGAAGGCCCAGCGUGCAGCUCUUGCGGACCGUGUGCCACUGUGUUUGAUCUUGUGACACUCCGUAAUCUUUCCAUUGUGCUCCGAAAGACUUUCAUCAUCUUUCCAUAAACAUUGUGACACCUGACAUUUUUCAUGUGCAUUUCAACGCAUUAUAUCAUGAGGUGUUAUAUGAAGUGGGAGAAAAAUCGAAUGAUGAAGUUCCAGGUGAACAGUGUCAUGUACCGUUAAUGUUUUGAUAGUUUUAUGAAAGACCCCGAAGAGGCUAAAAUUCAACUAUUCUUUUAAAAAUUCUUCUAAACUCUGUUGUUUGUCAGUGUCAAGUUUGGUUGGACGGUUGCAAGAGGAUAUAUUGACAUUCCCUGUAUGUGUGUGUGUGUGUGUGUGAGAGAGAGAUAUGUUUUUUAGCAGGCGUUCCUUUAAAAGUUCUAAUGUUUUGUACAUGAUUCAGUUUUGAAAGUCAUAUUUAUGACUUUGCUUCAGAUUAGUACACACCCUUGAAAUAUUUGAACAAACUGUAUGUAUAUGUUGGGAGUAUUUUUUCUUGUUCUAAUUGCAAGGAAGGACACAUCUCUUCCAUAAAGGUUAAAACGCUUUGAUUCUUGGUUACCAUUCCUGGAUUAAAAGGAAAAUUAACAUAGAUUUGUACAAUUUUGUUCAUAUUCCUCCAAGUUAUAAAUGGAAUAAUUGCUAGCUUGUUUGAAAAUCACUAAUGAAUACAAAGUAUUUGUUUUAUACAUCAUGUAGUUAGCGGAACGUUUCAUUUUGUUGCUGAUUUAAAUCAGACUGUUUUGUGAACUGCCAUGUGGUGUGUUCCAAAAAUUGUUUAGCACUAAUUAAUAUCAAUAUAUGUAAUUAAAACCAUCUGAACAAUAUUUACAUUAAUUAAAAUGUAAUAAAUCCAAAACGUGAUUUGCAGCACUUGUUUGCAUAUGUAAUGAAACCCUUAGACAUCCCACAGCAGUUUUUGCGCUAUUAAAAAAAAUGAGUUGUUGUUAACAGUAGAUUGGAAGUUCAUCUUUAUGUGUAUUCAUGUUUAUGAAAGAAAUUUCGCCCACUUAGUGCCCAUAAAGUUACACCUUCACAUUUGAAGACCAACAGAAAACAGCUUGUUUUUGUUCACUGUGAAAGGAAUGAAUGUGUGGAGAUAUUUGACACAAUGUCUUAAUGUGGUAAACAAGAGCGGUGCAAAUGGACUGCUGUCGUCAGCAUCUGCUCCCAUUCUGUUCAGUUUAUAUAAAGUGAACAUUUAGUGCCACUCCAUCGGCCCUUAGCACCUUAUGUUAAUGCUUUUCUUGUUCUAAAGGGGUCCAUUUUUUAAUGUUAUAUAACAUUUAAGAUUAAUAUUUAUACCAAACUGUUUAAGGUCUUUUUCUAUAAUAACUCCCUCCAUUGUUAUGGAAUUCAAAUUAAUUGGUCAGUGUCAUUUAAAUGCAGUUUUAAAGGUUGUGAGCCAUGUUGACUUUAACAAGAAUUCGUUUUUUUGUUUGUUUGUUUGUUUUGGACGUGUAGCCUCUUGCUUGCCAUGGAUAUUUAUAUCAAGAGAUUUGGAAUAUGUUUAUAUGUCUAAUGAGGAGUUGUUCAGAUUAAGGUUGUGUUUUGUAUAACCUAAAAUGCUCCAAGUCUGAGUCCUAUGAGAGGCAGAGAGAAUGACGGCCUUCAACGCAGCUUUACCUUUUGUCUCUGUACUUUUACCUUCAUUGUGCUAUCAAAUAGAAAAACUCCUCACCUACUAAA